AUGUAUGGGCCAGCAACUCGAAAUGGCAAUUCUUACCAGUAUGAGAGCUCGUUUGUCCACGCUGGCGGGCCAAGUCACCCUCAUUCAUCCAAGAGCGCUUUGUUCUGUGUCACAAUCAGCGGCAUGUUGAAAAUGUUUUGGUCCCAAAACAACAAUCGAAUGGAGGAGACGACGAUGGAGCUUGAGAGUGUAAACUCGCUGGACGAGCUGGUCACGCAUGCGGCCCUUGCUUCUGACAAGAGAUAUCUGCUUGUUGCUGUUGCGACCUCAUCAAAGCAGCUGAGGCUGCUGAAAAUAGAGAUUCAAUGGGGCGGUCCAGGUUCGCAGCCUGACAAAAACCCUCUACCACAGAACGCUCGAUUGAGUCCUUCUCUGGUCGAAAAGCACCUCGCUGCCACAACGUGGCUGCAGACGGGCUCUGGAGAUGCCAACAAUGACGCUUCCAUGGCAGAGCUAUCUCACUUGCACGUUCUUCCUUCCAUCAUUGACAACACAGGCAAGAGCACCGUCUCACCCAUGAUUGUCGCCAUCAGGACGCGCACGCCCACCGCUGGAUCCUAUCAGACAGCUCAGACCAUUAUUGAUCGUUGGGAGGCGAUAUCUGAGCAGCGACAUAAUCUUCACCCGGCUUUUGAGCAGCUGGGAAAUCGAAGGAAUAGUGAAGUCCCCGAGCAGACGGCCCAUACGCGGCUGCGUAAACUGGAGCCAAUUACGAUUAACAAGGUGUUGAUCAACUUUCAGCCCACCCAAUUCGGAAAGGUCUUGGUUUUGACCAUGUCUGACGGCAGCGUUGAAUACCGAGAUCGAUUCACCUUUGAGGAAAUCUAUACGGCAGAGGAUACUAACAAGGUUAUGAAUUUACGUCAAGUUGGCUGGACUUUUAGCGACGAUGGCCCAUGCCAACAGGUUGCUUUUUCCCCAACUCACUGCUCCAUGGUCCAGAUGUCAGACGAAGGGAAAAUCCAAUGGUGUAAGCUGCAAUACCCGCUUGGAGACAUUGGAAAUUCCCUCCAAGAGGUCCGUUACGGGGCCACAGUAGCGGGCCUGACGGUGGCGGCGGCAUCCGCCUUGUGGCACCAGUCCAAUUAUGACGACUUACUAGCCAUUGUUGCGCCGUAUACAUCCAAGAGACGGUUUAUUCACGAUUGGGUCAGUGAAAUUAUCAAGGUCCUCAAGAUUCAAGUCGAUUAUUCUGAAGAGUUGCACCAUGAUUUGCUCAUGAGGAAUACGCCGCUUCAAAGUUGCCUGAGUUUCAUGAAUAGCCUGGGAUUCAAGGGGGAGAAUCAUCCAAGGACAUUUCAGGGCAAGUUCGCCAUGAUUGACCUUAAUGUGCGCAACGUUGUCGUUCUCACCACUCUCGCACUCAACACGCCAGUAACAGUGAGAGAGAAGAUGAGUCCUAUGGAUGAACACGAGGUCGUAGAAGCAUUAGUUGGUUGCGCCAAGUGGUCUCUGGAUCUGCUGUCGUGGCUCACCGACAGCCUAUUUUCACUCAUGAAUGACAGUGAGUUUAUCGCGAGGCUAGAGCCCAAGCGCUUUGGGGAGUUGACGCCAUUUCUUCAAAAACGAAACGACGUAUCGCUGCACCUCUUACUCUCAUCAUCUAGCAGGAGCUUUCUUAUAUGUGUUUGCCGUAGGAUUGCUCAUUUAGAGUCGCUGAGUGAAAGGGCCAUUGAAUUUUACCGAGGGCAGUCGGCAAAUACGGAGCAAACGGGUGUUCCCAAGGCGUCAAACCCUAAGCUCCAGCAGGCAUACCAAAAAAUGCAGCACAUUACAACGUCUAGCCUCGUUAAAGUCGCCGAUUUUGAGAAACUGCUCAACGUCCUCGGCGCAGACGUUCGACAAGCAUACCAGGCGUUUCUCCCAAACAUGAUUAAGAACCAAAGCCAGAACAUGGCUCCGCAGGGGAAGCAAAUCGACAUGGCUGUCAAAGCAGCGCAAGUCCAGGUCGAGUUGAGUAUGCUUCUGGCCGCAGGGCCACCGGGACCUUUCUUACCCGUUAUCAAGAAGUUCUUCAACAAAGACCUCCCUGCAUUCAGGAGCAUUUGCGAUCCUUCAAAGCUCUUCUUCGCGAACUACGAUCUUCUCGGUGUUCAGGAAGACGAUUCUAGCUUGGGGCGUAACGGUUCAAGGUUUACCUAUGUCGAUCUGUUCAAACGGGUGGAGAUGAAGCUCGGAGCUCAACAGUGGAGGAGAUGUACCCGCUGUACCUCGGUGAUGGAAGACGUGUUUGGGACUCGUCCUGGAUUCAUCUUUGUCUUGGGGCAACAACGAAGAUGUGCCUGCGGCGGUCUAUGGGCAUUAUUACCAAAGGGAAAACUGAUCUUGUAA